CCUGCUGUCCAUCUGUUUACAGCAAGCGACUGUUCAGUUCGUUUCUAAGAAACGGAUAAAUUUACUGGGUAUUCUUUAAACGCUAUUCACAUAUUCAUGAAAAACCGCAAUUAUCAGUUGCUGUGAAGUCUCUCUGUUAGAUUUUGUGUAUUUUUGGGGAUAAUCGUACUUGCUGCCGGUUUGGGUGCGGCCAGGGAAGGAGGAACCCAUUGGGGAUGCAGUAGAACAAAAUAAUAUCUCAAUUGAUUUUUUUUUUUUUUUUUGGAAUCUACACAGCCCUAUAAAAACAUGCAGAAGAUGUUAUUUCUAUCUCUUUUGUUAUUACUCUUCAACGACACAGCUGAGACAAUGUCAGUUAUGGAAGGAGAUUCUGUCACUUUACACACCAAUCGGACAGAAAUACUGAACGAUGACACUUUACUGUGGGUGUUUGGACCUAAAGGCUUUGUCAUAUCUCAGAUAACGAGAAAGAACGACCUGACCUCUCUUUUCAUCACCGAUGAUGUGGGAUUCAGAGACAGAUUGCAAGUAGACCAAAAAACUGGCUCUCUCACCAUCAGAAACACUAGAAUCAGACACUCGGGACAAUAUAAACUAACCAUCUCUAGAGAAAGGACUACGACUAAGAUGUUUAAUGUUGCUGUAAUUGGUGUGGUUGGUGAGACGGGUGGAGUGAAGUCAGUAUCAGUGAUGGAGGGAGAUUCUGUCACUUUACAAAAUGAUGUUACUGAAGUACAGAGAGAUGAUCUGAUAGUGUGGAGGUUUGGGGAUAAAGGCGUCCUUCUUGCUAAAAUAGAUGUGGAAACUAACGACACUGCAUUAAAUGUUGCUGAUGAGCGAUUCAGAGGCAGACUCAAGUUGGAUCAGACUGGAUCUCUGAUUAUCACAAACAUCAGAACAGAACACACUGGACUUUAUGAGCUACAGAUCAGAGGCCGUGAGAGUUCACAGCAAUUCCUGGUUUCUGUCAGUGCUGUUCCUGAUCCGGGUCUGUCUCUGGGUAUUAUAGUUGGCUUAGCUGUUGCCGUUCUGUUGUUCCUAACUACAGUUGUAGCUGGUGUUGUGAUUUACUAUCACCGCAAGAUCUCUAAACUAGAAAAUCAAGCGGCUGUGACAGUCAUGGAGACUGCAGACGGAGACUCUGUCACUCUACAGACUGAUACUAAACUACAGAAAGAUGAUAAGAUACAGUGGUGCUAUGAAGAAGACAACAAUCUCAUUGCUGAAAUCAGUGGAGUGACUGGUAAAAAAACAUAUGAUGGUUUUGAUGAGAGAUUUAGAAGCAAACUGGUGCUGGAUGACAAUACUGGAGAUCUCACCAUCAAUAACAUCAGGAGAAUUCACAGUGGGCUCUAUAAACUACAGAUCAGUGGCAAAAACAGAAAAACCGAAUGCAAGAAUUUCAUUGUUACUGUCAAAGUGAGGACAAUGCCAGUGAUGGCGGGAGAUUUUGUCACUUUACAUGCUGAGGCUGAAAUACGGAACGAUGAUCUGAUACUGUGGACGUUUGGAGCUAAAAAUUGUCUCGUUGUUAAAGCUGAUUCAGGAACGACUAGUAUUAGUGAAAAUUUCAGAGACAGACUGGAGCUGGACAAGACGACUGGAUCUCUGAUCAUCAGGAACAUCAGAAGCGCAGACUCUGGAGUUUAUAAACUACAGAUCAUCAACAGAGAACAGACCACAUUCAAGAGAUUCGAAGUGGCUUUCACUGGUCCCGCAGGACAACAAGUGAAUGAAUCCAAGGCUGUAGAGAAGUCACUGUUAAAUGAAGAAAAUGUGGAUGUAGUGAAUGAGUGAUGCAAUAAGACACACCCACCCAUGUCAAUCAUUAUGACACCAUCACCAUUUGCGCUAUAACAGCAGAUUUGAACCAGUGUGUUGAGCUUUUAAACUCACCUGUAAACACUUGUUUGGUUUUAGAUGAAUAGGAAAACAUGUUUAUGAAAGUCUUAUAAAAUUCAUUUUACAAGUGCAUACACAUCAUCCUGAGUACUUUAACAAAACACUAGUUUGACAAUGAAGAUGCAUGUUGAAAAUAACUGAAGAACUGCUAAAGAUCUACUGAUAACUGAUAAAGAACGAGCAGAUAGACACAAGCCUCGAACUGAACCAUUCACUUUAUGUCAACAUUUUGAAAAAGCAUUGUAUUGUCUGUAGAGCAUCAGCAAGUGUGUAACUUUUUAACGAUCUAUGGUGCUAUAACAGCAUUUGGAAAGCUGUGAUAUGAAACCUAGAUACAUUUUAUUAUUUUUAUUAUUAUUAUUAUUAUUAUUUUUUUUUUUUUUGGUACAUCUGAACUGAUUUCAGACAGUUAAGGUGUUGUGAAAUAGCCGAACACUGAAUAACUUGACACUCCAAGCACUAAGCUGACAAUUUCAGGAGUGUUUUUCAAUUUCAAUUAGUGUAAAGAACAUUUUAAAAAUCUAAUAAUUUUCUUUCACUAUAGUAUAAAAAAAGUCAAAUAAAAUAUAUACUGUUUAUAUACAUACUGUUGCUGUUUUGUCUUAUGUAGUGUGCUGUGUUGCCUUAUAAAAUAGUAAAAUAAUAGAAUGUAAACUAAUACUGGUACAACAUAGUGAAGAAGUCAUUUUCCAUUGGAUGUGUUUUUGUAUAAUAUCCCGUGUCAUAGUACAAUUUACAUUUAAUAUCUCCAGUGAUUUGCUCUGUGUGUGUGAGUGUAACCUGUAAUUGUAAUGAUAAUCACCAGUUAUUCCAAUUAAAU